CCCCGCCUCCUCGUCCCGCAUGUUCAGGACCAAACGAUCGGCGCUGGUCCGGCGACUCUGGAGGAGCCGGGCGCCCGGCGGGGAGGACGAGGAGGAGGGCGGCGGCGGCGGCGGCGCGGGAGAGCCCCGCGGGGACGGGGCGACGGACGGCCGGGCGCAUGGGGCGGGGGGCGCCCCGGGCGGGACCGCCUGCUGCCUGGGCAAGUCCGGCGGCCGGUCCGCCGCCCAGCCGUCCGGGGGCUCGGAGCCCGAACUGAAGGCGCUCACCCACUCCGUCCUGAAGAAGCUGAAGGAGCGGCAGCUGGAGCUGCUCCUGCAGGCGGUGGAGUCCCGCGGCGGCGCCCGCACCGGCUGCCUCCUCUUGCCCGGGAGGGUGGACCCCAGGCUGGGGCCGGGCCGGGAGCGGGGGACGCCGGGGUCCCCGGCCCGGGCGCCCUCCCCCGCCGCCACGGCCUACUCGCUCCCCCUGUUGCUCUGCAAGGUCUUCAGGUGGCCGGAUCUCAGGCAUUCCUCGGAAGUCAAGAGGUUGCGUUGCUGUGAAUCUUAUGGGAAGAACAACCCGGACCUGGUUUGCUGCAACCCUCACCACCUCAGCAGGCUCUGCGAACUAGAGUCUCCCCCUCCUCCCUACUCCAGAUACCCAAUGGAUUUUCUCAAACCAACUGCAGAUUGUCCAGACGCUGUGCCUUCCUCCACUGAAACAGGGGGAACUCAUUAUCUAGCCCCUGGGGGGCUUUCAGAUUCCCAACUUCUUCAGGAGCCGGGCGAUCAGUCACACUGGUGCGUGGUGGCCUACUGGGAGGAGAAAACAAGGGUGGGUCGGCUCUACUCUGUCCAAGAGCCCUCCCUGGAUAUCUUCUACGAUCUACCUCAGGGGAAUGGCUUCUGCCUCGGACAGCUCAACUCGGACAACAAGAGUCAGUUGGUGCAAAAGGUCCGCAGCAAGAUCGGCUCGGGCAUCCAGCUUACGCGGGAAGUGGAUGGCGUAUGGGUGUACAACCGCAGCAGUUACCCGAUCUUCAUCAAGUCGGCCACACUGGAUAACCCCGACUCCAGGACUCUGUUGGUCCACAAGGUGUUUCCGGGUUUUUCCAUCAAGGCUUUCGACUACGAGAAGGCAUACAGCUUGCAGAGGCCCAACGACCACGAAUUCAUGCAGCAGCCAUGGACCGGCUUUACCGUGCAGAUCAGUUUUGUGAAAGGCUGGGGCCAGUGUUACACGAGGCAGUUCAUCAGCAGCUGCCCGUGCUGGCUCGAGGUUAUAUUCAAUAACCGAUAGCCUCUUGCUCGUCAGGAGCGAGAGCGGACGGCGGGACGUUGAUAACUACUUUGCUGCUAAUAUUUCCCUCCUGAGUGCUUGCUUUUCAUGCAAAUUUUUCAUUGUUUUCUGUUUUGUUUUUUGAGAAAUAGCUUAUGGAAAGUCGUUUUUUGAGGGGGAAGGGGAACCCUUUUGUCCUAGCGAUUUGGAUCAUUUAAGAGAAACCACCCCCUCCCCCCUCCACACACACUCGUCGGUGUGUCAAUGACCAAUUCCUAACUCAGAAGCGGUAGGGGUGGGAGGUAAUUGACUGGCAGGUGUCAUCGAUUUGGGUCAGAACUGAUCCCGUGAGUGUGGUGGGAAGGUGGAGAGAGUGGUGAAACCCGUGUCUAGUACAAUGUAGUGUUCUGUGUGCCUGGUCUGUAGUGGAUCCACAGUGUAUAUUUUUGGGAGAAGGGCAGAAGAUUGCUCUCUUGAAGGAUCUCUCCUUCAAGCUGCCCCUGCAGCUUUAGCUGGUGGGGGAGAA